GAGAACCUCUCUUGCACAUAUUUUAUUGUUGAUUAGAAAAUUACAGAAAAAACUGAUAAUUGUUUCUGAAGAUGGCUGCUGCCCCUUUAUCCGCAGCUGCUCUAAUCUGCUUGAUUAGUGUAGCUAAUGCACAAGGAGGUGAAAAAGUAUACUCAGACAACAUCACUCGCAUUUUGGAUAGACUUUUGGAUGGCUAUGACAACAGACUGCGACCCGGUUCAGGAGGUGGUAUUACAGAGGUGAAAACAGACAUCUUUGUUACCAGUUUUGGGCCUGUUUCAGAUGUUGAGAUGGAAUACACCAUGGACAUGUUCUUCCGUCAGAUGUGGGUCGAUGAGCGGCUGAAGUUUGAGGGCCCCAUUGAAAUCUUACGCCUUAACAACCGCAUGGUGGACAAGAUUUGGACACCAGACACCUUUUUUAGAAAUUCAAAGAAGUCCAUUUCCCAUAAUAUGACCACGCCCAACAAGCUCUUCCGUAUAAUGCAGAAUGGGACUGUCCUCUACACCAUGAGACUAACAAUCAGUGCAGAGUGUCCAAUGAACCUCAUGGCUUUCCCCAUGGAUGGCCAUGCCUGUCCUCUCAGGUUUGGGAGCUAUGCGUACACCAACAGUGAAAUUAUUUUCACCUGGAGGAAAGGAUUAGCGGGGUCUGUCGACUGUCCCAAAGAGUCAAUAAGUCUUCUGCAGUACGAUCUGGUUGGACAGAUCUUGUCCAGUGAGAUAACGAGGUCAAACACAGGUCACUAUUCUGUGCAGGUGGUCCACUUCCUUCUCCAGAGAAAGCCCGGCUACUACCUCAUACAGACCUAUAUCCCCCUCAUCAUGGUAGUUGUGCUGUCGCAGGAUAUUAAGGAUCCGAGCAAUAUGCCUCUGGUGAAGGAAACAGUGGACAGGCUGAUGAAAGGAUACGACAUUCGGUUGAGGCCAGAUUUUGGAGGUGCUCCUGUGGCGGUGGGGAUGAACAUUGACAUUGCAAGCAUAGAUAUGGUCUCUGAAGUAAAUAUGGACUACACUUUGACCAUGUACUUCCAACAAGCGUGGCGGGACAAGCGCCUCUCGUACUCAGAGAUCGCCUACAACCUGACGCUGGACAACCGGGUGGCCGACCAGCUCUGGGUCCCUGACACCUACUUCCUCAAUGACAAGAAGUCCUUUGUUCACGGCGUCACAGUCAAGAACAGGAUGAUCCGUCUCCACCCCGAUGGGACGGUGCUCUACGGGCUCCGCAUCACUACGACUGCUGCCUGCAUGAUGGACCUGCGCCGCUACCCUCUGGAUGAGCAAAACUGCACUCUGGAGAUAGAAAGCUACGGAUACACCACAGAUGACAUCGAGUUUUACUGGCGAGGUGGGGACGGCGCUGUGUCUGGGGUCGACAGGAUAGAGCUGCCGCAGUUCUCCAUUGUUGACUACAAGCUCAUCUCCAAGAACGUUGUCUUCUCGACAGGUUCUUACCCCCGCCUGUCUCUCAGCUUCAAACUGAAGAGGAACAUCGGUUACUUCAUCCUGCAGACAUACAUGCCUUCCAUCCUGAUUACCAUCCUCUCUUGGGUCUCCUUCUGGAUCAACUAUGAUGCAUCUGCUGCCAGAGUGGCCCUGGGGAUCACUACGGUGCUGACCAUGACAACCAUCAACACUCACCUGCGAGAGACGCUCCCCAAGAUCCCCUACGUGAAGGCCAUCGACAUGUACCUGAUGGGCUGCUUUGUGUUCGUCUUCCUGGCUCUGCUGGAGUACGCUUUCGUCAACUACAUCUUCUUCGGCCAGGGUCCCCAGAGACAGAAGAAGGCGGCCGAGAAAGCGGCCACGGCCAACAACGAGAAGCUGAGACCCGACCCCAAUAAGAUGACCCCCGACGACAACAUCCUGUUCAGCGCCAUGGAGAUGAAGAACGAGAUGGGCGGUGCCGGGGAUCUGUCCCGGGGUCUGGGAGCUCCCACGGAUCCCCGCAACACCAUGCUGGCCUACGACAGCUCCACGCUGCAGUACCGCAGGGCGGCCAUGGCCCGGCAAAACUAUGGCCACAGUGCCUUGGAGCGCCACGCCCAGAAGAAGUCCCGCCUACGGAGACGGGCCUCGCAGCUCAAGGUGAACAUCCCAGACCUGUCCGACGUGAACUCUAUCGAUAAGUGGUCCAGGAUGAUCUUCCCCACCGUCUUCUCUUUCUUCAACGUGGUCUACUGGCUCUACUACGUCCAUUAAAACCCCGGAGAGCCAGGAGGCCGGCUUCCCGCCAGACGACUGACGAAGAAGAAUUGGCGUGAAAAAAAAAAAAAUCAAGAAAGAUAAAUAAUUUGCGUGAGAGAGAGAAUGCGAGAUGAAAACCGUGUGCUGACUUUUUUAGAGCUGGUUUGUUUCAGACGACGCGAGGAGAACACAGAGACUUUUUUUGCAGCAGCACCCACUUCAGUCAGCAGUGACUCUUUUAGGAUUUGGGAAACACCUUCAAGUGACUGACGAGCACUCAAAUAAAAAAAGAGUGAAUAAAGAAAAAAUAAAAAACAAAUGAGAAAGACAGAAAAGGUGCCUGUUCCAGAAUUUCAAUAUAUCACUAAUAUUUGUCAUUCGUAGCUUACUAUCUCUCUGUGGAUCAAAAUAUUUAUGCUUGUGUUUGCAUAUACUUUAAGGAUUUCUUUUGUUUAGUAUCUAUUUACUUCGUAGCCGAGCUGUCUGCAUCCAGGAAAAGCUUUAUAAAUGAUUUAAAAGGAGGUCAUCCUUGAUAGUCUAUUUUCCUAUAUUUACUGUAUAUCAGAAACAUCCUUUAAAAAAAAAAAAAAAUAAAAAGAAAGCAUGCUUAUUUUUGGUUUUGUUUCCAUCUCAACUAUGAUGAGGAAUGACAGUAUUUUUAGUUGUACUAGUUGGAGGUUUCUUGCAGUUAACUUAGCACAGGCCACCUGAAUUGCAACAGGUGAACAGCAGGGGGCAGUCUUAUCACUGGAGCUUUAAUGAUCAAAGAAAGAGCAGAUCUGGGGAAGUUGAUGCUUUUGCUAAGGUUUAUGUUACUUUUUUCUGUGCUGACAGAUUCCCUUCCAUUUAUCUGUGAGGUUUAAUUUUCCUUUCCAAAAACGUCUAACUGAGUGAGUUUU